AGCAGAAGCUCCGUGGUGACCCUUUGUGCGCAGCAGACAAGGUUGCGCAAAGCGCAAGCUUGUCCGAGCUCCCGCCGGACGACACCCCGCUUUGCGCCACUUCGGAUUCCUCAGCUACCUCGGCGUGCGUGAAGUGCCGCCCAACCUCCCAAAUCCCAUAAAAGCCCUUCCUUUCGAUCAGGUAUAACUCCGCCAUUACACCCAUCAGUCGCAGCUGCCACGGGCCCCCUUGCUGUCUCUGACACACCUAAAGCUGCGCUUGCCGUCUUUCCCAGUGGGACAAGGGUAAACAGUUCUCUUGCAACGACGGAGACAUUAACAAGAUCGUUGAUCCAUGAGCUGGAUGUGGGGAGAGAUGUGAUGAGCUUCUGCAAGCAGACAAACGUCGCAGAUCAAAGAACGACUCAGGCUGUCUUGGACUGAGAAGACUUGCGGUCAGACUGUCGUCCUCGAAGGCAAGCUGUGUUCUGCCUAUGUGGUAGCAGUCCGUGCAUGGGGGCCAUGUGGAAGCAACGAGGUUGACGAUGGUGAGAAAACACAGCUAUGGAGAGUCGUCUCGACCUGUGUCCGUGUCGGAUGGAUGCGCACCCAGGUGAGCCAUUACUCGGAGACGAUAUCCAGCUUUUUGAUCCCAAUGAUUCUAGUUGGUCAGAGCCUCCGGAGUUCAUUAAAUCGCCGAGUUCAGCAGCGCGGUAGCGGAUUCGAUUAGGGAAGGGUGAUCGCCCUUCGUCUCUCUCCCGCUCUCGCCGUCUCAUGAUUACUCAUGCCAAAACCUCACCUUUCUCCUCUUCCUCCUUUGGCUUUCGAAUCCUUCUUUUCUCUCUCUCUCACAAGGCGGAAGCGCGACGGAAUAAAGUGGGGAGGAAGAAUGACCGGAAUGCUUUCCCAGGUUCCGAGAAAGGAGCGAUUUUGAUCUCUGUUUCGUGGAGAAGUUCGAGGAAAUGGGGUCGACCUUCUUUCUCUGAGGUGCCAUUUUUCUGGGCAUCGCCAAUGUGACUCCAUUUUGGUCCAUUGUCUCGUUUGGUGCUAUAAAGGAGGGAUUUUGGUCGGAGGAUUUGAGGUGGUGGCGAAGGAUCGGAGCUUGAGAGGGUUUUUGAAGGAUUCAUUCCAUGCGAGACUGAUGGCGGAGGAGGGACUUGGAUCGAAGGUUCGAGUGGUGCGGUGCCCCAAGUGCGACAAGCUUCUCCCGGAGCUCGCCAAUUUCGCAGUCUACCGCUGCGGUGGCUGCGGCGCUACUCUCCAAGCCAAGAAACCUGUUCCAGGUUCGGGAGCUUCACCGGAGAAAUCUAAUGAAGAAAACAUGAAAUAUCUCGAGGUCUUGGAGCAGCAUUGCACGGAGAAGAAACCGAUGGUUUCAGAUUCAAGUGCAGAGAUCCAUUAUGAGGGCAGUGGAGAUGAUCGGACGGUGGAGUCACUAUCACAUGGAUCAGCGGGUUCCCAUGGUGUUUCUAUGACCGGAUGUAAAGAUAGUGACCUGAUGAAGAUAGAUGAUCUUCCCAAAGAAAAUGGAAGUGACGAUACCAAGCAUCAAUGCCAUUGGGAAACUCUCAUUAGUAAGCACACCCACGAUGUGUCUGAAUUGGGUAAAACAGGCAUGGAGAGUGGAAGAGAAAUGAAACAACAGGUAGAUGAGUCUCGUGAGCCUCAGCGAAGACAAGUCCGAACACCGAGAGCUCCCGUGGGAGACGGUUGGCCUGCUCCACUGCAUGAUGAAGGCCCAUCCGACUGUCAUCGGUAUCCAAGUUAUAUCAAUGGUAAUGUCGAGGGCGAAAGUCGGCAGAACAUGGAUGGUGCUAGCAGAGUAGGCUACCUUGAACAAGACCGAACAAGGCUUCUGAGAAUGCUUGAUGAGUUGAGAGAUCAAGUGCAGCGAACUUGUAAGGCCUCAGACAAGCCGAAGAGUUCCUAUGUCCAUCAUGAUCAUGUUAAAUGGUUUCCUGAAACCUCAUCAUCGUCAGACCCGAAUUCAUCUCAGUAUUUCCCAACACUGCAUGAUCAUAAUGCUGCCAUGGUAAAUUUAUAUUCUAAUGUACCGGCUGAGGGUGGCAUACCUGGUUAUGGUGAUCCAUUUGCUCAAAGAAGAGUUCCCUUUCACCGACCCCAUGAAUAUCCACCGAGACAGGUCGAUGGUUUCCUUUAUGGACAGUUUGCUCUUGAUCCUGUUAUGUCUUACCAUCAUGAUGGUUUCUAUCAUCAACCUGCCUGCUCAUGUAUGCAAUGCUACCAGAGACCGUUCUUGCUUCCUGCAAGAGCCCCAUCCACAACUAUUGGCCAUCAGAGGAUUCUGUAUCCCGUCAAUAAUUAUGAGUUCUGCAGAGUUGAUGGUCCCUCAAUUAUUGGUUCCAGAAACUCUAAUAUAAGGGUUGACAAUGCUCCAUUGCACAGACUUGAGCCAAGAUCACACAGUAGAACCAAAUUCAGCAAGAAUAAUGCACGUUCCUGUCGACCCAUUGAUGGUGCUGCCCCAUUUACUAUUUGUUCGAGUUGUUUCGAGCUUCUGCAGCUACCUGAAAAGUCUUUGCUUCUGAAGAAGAAUAACAUUAAUCUGCAGUGUGGAUCUUGCUUUAAGUUAGUUGCGAUCCAGUACGAUGGAAGUAAGAUUGUUAUUUCUGCCCCAACACCAGUCUCACGUGUGUCUUCCGAGAACAAUAACUCCUCUCAUAAUAGCACAAUCAAUGGUAUCCAGUCUACCGAUGAGAAACUAGUGUUGCCUUACAUUUUCACAAGCAAUGAUCACGAGAUGAAAGAAAAAGGACAUGAUUUACACUCGAGGGAAUCAGAGAAAGAGUAUGGGUCAUCUUUGUCUCCUGGUACGUCUGGAUAUGUUGAGAGCCCAGAAAGUGUGAUUUUGCAGAAAGAUGAUCCUAGCUUGCCCGGGAUGCCCUCAGAUGCUCAGGCGAUAUCAGGAGUUCCAAGUUUGCCACUUCGUGAACAUUUUGGCUACUUACUGUCUGAUCGUGCAGCUGAUGGAUCUGAAAGUGGAAGUGAGAGUAACCAUUCUGAUCAGGCGAGAAGUACAUCAUUAAAUGGUAACUUCAAGCAGAACUCAACAAAAGAUGUACGAGUGGCUACUGAGAUGGACUUGUCAGAUGAGGAGGAUCCACCUUCUGGUUUAUCUCGAGACUCGUGGGACAUGAUAAGCAAAGAUGAGACUGAACCUAGGAUCAUCAAGGCUGGUGAUUCAUUCUUUGCUGGCCUAAUAAAGAAGAGCUUUCGGCCUCUUAAUCAAUCACUAGGUCAUAGUAGAUUUAAAGUUUCAAUUAAUGGCCACCCCAUUCCCGAUCGAUUGAUUAAGAAGGCUGAAAAGCAAGCCGGUCCAAUCUAUCCUGGCCAUUAUUGGUAUGACUACCGUGCCGGAUUUUGGGGUGUGAUGGGGCAUCCCUGCCUUGGGAUAAUUUCUCCGUUUAUUAAAGAAUUCAACUAUCCUAUGCCCAAGAACUGUGCCGGGGGAAAUACCGGUGUUCUUGUGAAUGGGAGAGAGCUUCAUCAGAAGGAUUUGGAUUUGCUUGUCGGUCGAGGACUUCCAGCGACCAGAGGUUGUUCCUAUAUAAUUGAGAUUUCUGGGAAAGUUUGGGAUGAAUCAUCUGGUGAAGAGCUAGAUGGUCUUGGCAAACUGGCACCAACGGUUGAGAAGGUGAAGCAUGGAUUCGGCAUGCGUGUUCGGCUGUGAUGAUCAUACUGACGACAACAGAUCAUCUGAUGGGGACAUCAUCAUCUUGAGACUCAUAUAGAUAACUAAUGUGUUUCUUUAGUGCUUUUCACUCUCUGUAUCUCUUUUUUCAUUUUGUAUUGUAUUUUGUGUUAUAAUGCUUCAGCUGUAUGAUACAUUGAGAUCGAAGUAGUUUGCCUGCAGAAACA